AAUUGUCUAAAAAAAAAGAAAAACAAUUUUACAAGGAGUGAAGUGCCAUCGAAAUGUAAUUUUCUGUGAUUAAGUCUCGUGGAAAUAGAAGAUUAAAAGCACAAGAUUUUUGUAACGAUAUGCACAACGUUAAUUGUUAUAAAAAAAGAAGAAAAAAUUAAUAUUUUUUUCAAUGACGCACUCAUUUUUGCACAAGAAAAAAAAAAAUUUAUUAUUAUAAAUCUAUAUGAAGUUGAGAUAUUUUAAAUCAAUGUUGAAAGUAGAGCAAGUUUAUGAGAAAAUUGAAGAGAAAAAAAACGCUAUACCUUAAAAUAAAGAAGGGAAAGAAAAAAAAAAAAAAAAAAAAAAUAGAAGGAUAAAGAUUGUUUUUUUUUUCAAGAGGAGACUUAUAUUUAUAGAGAGAUAGAAAGAGAGUUAUGAUUAAUCAUAAUGUAUUCAACAUGUGAUCAGAACUUUUACAAAAUGGAAAGGUUUAAAUAAAAGUGCCGUUUAAGGGGUCAUGCCCCCUGGGGCACAGGGGGAAGCAGAGGGCUUGGGCCCCUCUUGUUCCGAAUUACAUAAUAAUCAGGAAAAUGUUACUGUUGAACUUAGCGCUACACGAACAUUAUAUCAACGAUGUUACCAGCAUCUCAAGAGCUCGGGAGUUGGAGAGGCGAGUGUAUAUCAUGCAUUGGUGGUGAUAUUCCUCGAAUUUUUCGCAUGGGGUUUACUUACAAUGCCAAUAAUAUCAGUGUUAAACGAGACAUUCCCAGAUCAUACAUUCUUAAUGAACGGUCUUAUAAUGGGCAUAAAAGGAAUUUUAUCAUUUUUGUCAGCACCAUUAAUUGGCGCAUUAUCGGAUGUUUGGGGUCGUAAAUUCUUUUUACUAAUUACAGUGGCCUUUACGUGUGCACCACUACCAUUAAUGAGCAUUAAUACUUGGUGGUUCUUUGCCAUGAUUUCAAUAAGCGGCGUAUUCGCAUGUACAUUUUCAGUAGUAUUUGCAUAUGUUGCCGAUGUCACCGAAGAGAGUCAACGAUCAUUGGCAUACGGUUUGGUGUCGGCAACAUUUGCAGCAAGUAUGGUAAUAAGUCCCGCAUUAGGAGAUUAUACGAGACAAAAUUAUGGUGAUAAUGUAGCUGUUGCACUUGCCACUGCUAUUGCUAUUCUCGAUGUAUUUUUUAUUCUGGUCGCUGUGCCAGAAAGUUUACCAGAAAAGGCGCGUCCUACUGGUCCUAUUUCAUGGGAACAAGCAGAUCCUUUCGCUGCUCUUGGAAAGGUGGGAAAAGAUCACACAAUUUUAAUGCUGUGCGUCACAGUAUUUCUGAGCUAUCUACCAGAAGCUGGUCAAUAUAGUUGCAUAUUUGUUUAUCUAAAAUUAGCAAUGGGAUUUUCUACAUCAAUGGUGUCAGUAUUUAUUGCCGUGGUAGGAAUUUUAAGUGUCUGUGCUCAAAUGUUAUUGGGUCCUUUAAUGAGAACAUUGGGCAGUAAACAUGCAAUUAUGCUGGGACUAUUAUUUGAAAUGUUACAAUUAAUGUGGUACGGUUUUGGCUCACAAACUUGGAUGAUGUGGGCUGCAGGCGUACUCGCUUCAAUUUCGAGUAUAACGUAUCCGGCAAUUUCUGCAUUUGUUUCAAUGCAUUCCGAUGCUGACAAGCAGGGCUUGGUGCAAGGUAUGGUAACUGGAAUGCGGGGACUUUGUAACGGUUUGGGGCCUGCCAUGUUUGGCAUUAUUUUUUAUCUAUUUCACGUCGAUCUCAAUUACGACACACCAUCUUUACCUCUUAAACCGCCAAUUCUCGAUGAAAACAAUAGAACGGGAACUGCCACUCAACAUCAAGAUAUCGUACCUCAGUUGGUGCCAGGUCCUCCAUUUGUUUUUGGUGCAUUAUUAGUGAUUUGUGCUCUUCUCGUAGCUACAUUUAUACCUGAAUCGAAUUCAAUGUUAACGGGGCAAAUUCAUCACUCUUCUACCUCCCGGAGGCCUUCCGGUAAAUACGCAUAUGAAAAAUGCCUUUCGCUAGAUAUUCAGUACGAGACGGAUAGGUUAAGUAGUGGCAGAGGGAAACUCGGGCCUCUUUCACCUCUAGUCGAUAAUUCGAAUACAGCUGCGCUUUAACCAAUCGUGAAUAGCAGACUUUUUGCAAGACACAAGGAAAACUUGCAUCCUGCAGUGUGAGAAGAAGAAAAGAAAAAAAAAAGUGAAGCGCUAUCUUCCUGCGGCAAAGUAGACCUAUGCAACCUCGUCAGAAGAAUUAGUAUAUGAUCACUUUGUGCAAGAUAUCGUAAGCAUUGUUUCAACUGUAAUAUAAUCCGCUUAAAGUAUUGGUUUUAGAAAACAAAAAACAAAACUCUUUUUGAGAUAGGUUGUGAAUAUAGGAAAAGAAAAAAAAUAGCAGUGUAGCCAGCAUCUCUUUGGGAAAAUAUGUGAUCCAAUAAUGCUGUCAGAUUCAAGCAGAAAAUUUAAUCACAAGAGAAAUAUUUUCGAGCUAGUCUCAGUUUUAAAAUGUAAUUUCCUCUAUAUAUUAUAUAUAUAUAUAUAUUAUUACAAAAGGAUCAAUUCAAUUAAAUGAUAAAAAAAAAAUACAAAUUAACUAGGAGUGAAAAUAUAAAUUGUAGAAUUCAAACUAAAAUUACCUUAAAGUAAAAGAAAGAAACAACACAAUGGAAAAAAAUGUGUCAUUUUUCGAAGUAAAUUUUCGCCAAUCUGACAACAAAGUGAUAGACAAUUUAAACUUUACGUUUAGAAGCGAAAUCUUGUCAAUCGUCACAAAAAUAAAACCAAUAAAUCUCACGUGUUUAAGAGAAAAGAAAACUGCUGAGUCUCGCCUACUGAAAAAAAACUAUUAGCUAUUGCCGAAAGCACAAAACGGCAAAAGCAAAUGAAAAAAAAAUUACAAUAAGUAUUUUUAACCGGCACACACUAAAUCACACGACAUUGUUUUUUUUUUAAUUCGAAGUAUUCGGGUCAUAUCUUUCUUCACAAUUUCUUAUACAUUUUACAUAUUUAAAACAAAAAGAAAUAAAAAAAAAUGUUUUAUUUAAUCAAUGAAGGACUGUUACGUUUUAUGUUACCGUUAUUUACAUAAUACGUUACUGUUUUUCACGUGUACAUAUAUAAAAUAUAUAUAUAUAUAUAUAUAUUAAGAAUGAAAUUAAAACAAAACGUUGGAUUUUCGUUUUGCACUAUAUAACCGAAUGCUAGUUGGCAAAUAACGGUUUUAUGGUGUAUUAAAAAAAAAUUUUUUGGCGACUUGUGCCACGCGUAAUAAUAAUUGUAAAUGAUAAUUAAUAAUUUUAGAAUUUAGGGCUCAUCUUCUCGACAAAUGAAAUUCGAAUUCAAUUAUUAUAAAACACAGGUCGAGUAGAUAAGCCUAAUUGAAAGUUUAAAUAAAAAAGAAAAAAAAUAAUAAUAAUAAUGGAAAAUCACUAAAGGAGAUUUCAAAUUGUCUCCAAAACAAAGCCAAAGAAUGAAUAAUAAUAAUUGAAGGUUUAUCGUGGGAUUAUAACAGAAAUCUGAUUAGCAACUUUUUGUUUUUUCUUCUUUCAACGGUCUGAACGCUUAUUUGCAUAUUAGAUAAUUAUGUUCGAGCAAUGAAAAAAAAAACUGGAUUUCGCAUCUUGUGACUGAUCCAGCUGUUAGUUAAUUUCAAAUUAAAAAUAUUUCAUUAUUCUGUUUAAUUUUUAAAUAUUUUUUUAACAAACUUUUUGAUUGAUUUUAUCCUCGAAAACUAUUUUUUGAAUUACAAUUUUUAUUUAAUAUUUUCUUUUUACUAAUAAAAUAUUUAAAUUAAUACAAUUUUAAGCAUUUUGUGACCAUGAAAUUUAUAUCAUUUGACUGAUAGGAAAAAAAAAAAGAAACAGUAUUAUAUAAUUUUUUUAAAUUCAAAACGAAUCAUCGAUUCUACAAAACUGCCUCUUAUAAAUCAAAUCUGAAGAUAAUGUCUUCGUGAAAAGACUUAAUUCAGGUUAUAAUAAUAAUAAUAAUAAGUGUAUUUUAAUCGUUAUACUAUAUAUAAUAUAAUGAGCUACGAAUUAAAUUUGAUUUUAAUUGAAAGUAUGGAUCAGUCACUUUGAAAAAUAGAUCUCGACAAAUAAAUAAAACGUUAUAAACCUGGAUUAAACUUCAAUAACUACUAAUGAUUCCAACUAACUCCAAGAAUUCUUUUGCCCUUUUUUAAUUCAAAUUCUUAAAUCACAGCUUUGUGCGUUCUUUUAUAUAUAUAAUAAAUAGAGUAAUAAUAAUAAUAAUAAUAAUGUAUUAUACAAUACAGAAAAUCGAAGUUUUUAAUUCUAAUCUUCGAAAUAUUAAAAGAAAAAAAAAAAAAUAGAAAUAGAAAAAUUUUAAAAAUAGAAAUAUAAAAAAGAGGCAAUUUAUUGCUGUAAAAUAUUCUUCAAACAUUCAACAACAACAAAAAAAUUAAAUAGAAUAUGACAGAAAUAAAAAUCAUAUCUUUGGCGUAAAAUAAAUUUUUUUUUUUUUUAUCAAAUUUUAUUUCUUGUUUUGCGAGAAAAACAAAAAUAUAUUGUUUAUAUAUUUUAUUUGUAAUUGAAAUCGUCUGUGACUGUGAAUAAUGCAGAAAGUGAUAGAAAAAAAAAAAGAAAAUGAGAAACUAAAAUAUACAUUAGUUUUGUCUUACUGUAUACAAUUUUGUCGAAUGAAUGUUGUAGAUCAUAAUUAACAUGUUAUCAUCUCUUAAAUGAGCAGAUUUCUAUUCUGUACUAUUUUUUCAUAGUUCCUCAACAAUGCGCAAUUCAAAAAAAAAAAAAUAUAUAUAUAUAUUGCAUAUUUUCAAAUAUAAUAACCGGCUCUAGUCGAAUAAUUUUUCAAUUAUCUUUUAAUUUUUAAGAUAUUAUAUAGAGGUAUUUAUGUCCUAAGGUAUACGUGAUGUCUUUUCAUUUUCUGUCAAUUAUAAAGAUGCACUGAAUCGAGAAACAAAAUUUUUUUCAUUUUUAUUCCUUAUAAUGUCUAAUGUAUUAUUUACGCUUUAUAAAUCUUUAACGAAUUUUCAAGAAAAUAUUUAUGUAUAUAAUAAUUUUUGUGUUUUACAUAAUGCACUUUUUUUUAAUUAUAGAAAAAUGUUCAAUUAUUAUAUUAGUUAAAAAUUUUGAUUUAAUGUGAGAAAAAUUUUGUUUCAAUUAGAAAAGUUAAUUUUUUUCUUUAGCAUAAUAUUGUAUUUUAUUUAAUGAAAGAAAACGAAUUGGACUAGAGUCAAAAAGAAUAAAUAAUAUAGGAAAAGAUUCUAUUGCAAUUAUAAAAAAUGAAAGGCAGUAAAUUUUUUUUCCUUUCAUAAAACGAAAUAUACGAAAUAACAUUGACUUAAAAAACACUUUGAUCUCUUUCUCUUUGAAUUUUACGAUUAAAAAUAAAAUUAAACUUUAUUUUUUUGCUAAUCUUUUAGUGAUUAAAAAAACCAUAUUUUUUUAUUUGAUUUUCAUAAUUGUGCCAAAUUUCUAUUAAAUUGAAAUAACAUUUGAUUAUCAAUUCAUAAUUUUUUUCCAUUCAAUCAACUUGACAGUAUUAGAGAAAUUAAUUAUAUAAUUUUUGUUUUCAGAAUAAAAUAUGUAAUUAUUUGAAAAUAACGAGAAAGAGAGAUAUAGUGUUAUUACACUUCAAGUGGCAUUAGUUUUCUUGGAGAUGCAAUAAUAUAUAUAAAUAUAUAUAUACAUUAUAAAAUAUAAAAAAUAAAAAAAAAAAACUUGCCAGCGAUGUAAAUUUCUUUUGUCAAUAUCAUAGGUCCGGCACUUAUUUCUCCGAAUAAAAAUUUUGAAUGUAUAAUAACUAAAAAAAUUUUACUCGGAGAUUAUGAAGUCGAACAAAAGAUUAUUUUGAAAAACUAUCGAGUAAUUUAUAUUUGUAUGCAGUGAAUUAUGUGUAAACGCCAUAUGAAAAAAAAAAAUAUAUAUAUAUACGAAGGAUACAUCGUUCGGUAAAAAAUCUAGACGAGGAUUUAACUCUUGUGAGUUAAUGAUUAUAAUGACGAAUGAAUUAUUAAAAUUGAUUAUUUUUAACA